AUUUUGUUAUUUAUUUUCCUAAAUCACUAAAUUGCAUUCUAGCUUUAACUUUUCAUACGACCAAGUCAUAAAUCACAUAACCGUAUGAGCUAUGAGGUUGAUAAAUUCACACAUUGCCUGUAUCACUACAUAGUGUGUUCACAUUCUACUUAUUCUUUAUGUGGAAUGCUACUCAUCUUCCUUUCUUGCAUCUCAAGUAGAAAACCACAAAAAGAACAAAAUGUUAAUCUUUAAACAUAACUAUCUAACGCGGUGUCUCUGCAGGUACAUGAAAGUACUUUCAAUUUUCAGAUCUUCAACACGUAAAAGGCCUUUAGAGAUCAAUCCCAUGCGUCAGCUAGAGAAGAAAAUAUGCUUCUACUGCUUCAUUAAUAAUGAAACAAUAUAAUAGUAUUAAUAGUAACCCUUAGAUCAUGGAAAUCAUUUGACUUUAAUCAAAUCUAACUAAAAGUUCAUGCAUGCUGAUUCAAAAAAAAAGAUAGCGUAAAAACUAAAAAAGUUUUACACUGACAGUCGAUGAAAAUUAAUAUCAUUAGACCAUAUGGUAAUAUGAUAAAAGACAUGGUAAAUUAGAUAAUGUGAUAAAGAUUAGCUUCAAAAUGAAGUGUGUAAAAGUGCAGUGUCUGUUACAUUCAAAAUCAAGGAAACAUAUUUUACCCACUUCAUACUUUGUCAUAAACAUGAACAAAUGUAUUACAAUCUCAGUCUUUGAACAAAUGUUACAACGUUGCACUGCACUUGACCCUUUAACUUAAACUAGUAUUUGGAAUCAAAUCCUUUUAAGCAAAUCAGUUAUACACUGUUUUGAUAAGGUCCAGGAGCAGGUAAACCAGAACCACUACAUAUUGCAUCAUAGGUGGGGCUAGGACAGAACAUGUUGAUAAAGUCAUAAGUUUACUACUUGCAUACAUUAGGUGAUUAAUUUGUUGAAGAUAGUAGUGAGUGGUUUGAUCCUUUAGCAUUAUAUAUACCAAACAAUCCAAUCCAAUAUGCCACACAACAAUAUUAAUAAUCAUCAGACAAGCCUCUUUGCAGUCACUUGUCACAAUGUCUUUCACCAAAGUCAUUCUUCUUGUAGCAGCUUUUCUCUCAGUUACACUCUCCCAUGCUCAUCCUGUCCAUGAUUUCCACUUUGGCUGGGGUGGUCAUCAUGGUGGAACCACUAGAGGAAUGUCUUUUGGACUUUCUCCUCAAUUCUAUCAGUUUUCAUGCCCUCAAGCUAAUGACAUUGUCAUGUCAGUCUUGGAGAAGGCCAUUGCUAAGGAUAUCAGAAUAGCAGCUUCUCUUCUUCGACUUCACUUCCACGACUGCUUCGUGCAGGGCUGCGAUGCAUCAAUUUUGUUGGACGAUAGCGCCACAAUUGUCAGUGAAAAAAAUGGUGGACCUAACAAAAAUUCCGUUCGAGGUUUUGAAGUGAUCGAUGAGAUCAAAUCUAAGUUGGAACAAGCAUGUCCUCGUACAGUCUCAUGUGCAGAUAUUGUUGCCCUUGCUGCUAAGGGAUCCACUGUCCUUAGUGGAGGACCUAACUGGGAGCUACCAUUAGGAAGGAGAGACUCAAAAACAGCAAGUCUAAGGGGCUCAAACAAAAACAUUCCCCCACCAAAUGCCACCAUUGAAGGUCUCUUAACAUUUUUCAAGCGUCAAGGCCUUGAUGAAGUAGACCUUGUUGCCCUCUCAGGUGCACAUACAAUUGGUGUGGCAAAAUGUGCAACAUUCAAGCAAAGACUAUACAACCAAAAUGGAAACAACCAACCAGAUUCGAAUCUAGAAAAAACAUUUUACUUUGGUUUGAAAUCAAUGUGCCCAAGAUCAGGUGGUGACAACAUUAUUUCUCCCUUGGACUUUGGUUCCCCAAGAAUGUUUGAUAAUACCUAUUACAAACUCUUACUUAGGGGAAAAGGAUUGCUUAAUUCAGAUGAAGUGCUUCUCACAGGAAGUGUUAAGGAGACUCGUGACCUGGUGAAGAAAUAUGAACAAGAUGAGAGUCUCUUCUUUCAACAAUUUGCCUUGUCUAUGAUCAAGUUGGGGAACCUUCGUCCUCUCACUGGAUUUAAUGGUGAAGUUAGAAAGAAUUGUCGUCGAGUUAAUUAAGAAGCAUAGUUUUAUAUUAUUAUUAAGAGUCAUUGAGUCUAGGAACCUUCUAAUAAUUGGAGGGUUAACACCAAAAAAAUUAAGAGUCAUUGAGUGUUAUGUUUUGUGUUUCUUUUCCUUAAUAACAUGGUACUGUGCCUAAGAAGCAUGGUACUAAAUAUAUUUAUUUAAGAAGUACAACUAUAUAUGUGCUGAAAAAAAAGUACAACUAUAUGUUUUGUAUUAUUUCCUUUUUGAAAUGUAGAAGGAGGGAAGACUUUAGAAGUAUUAAACCUAUGGUUGUUAUGAGGAUUUGAAUUGUGUUGCAUCUAUAUAAACAGUGAAGUUUGAAAGUACGUAGUAAUUGAGUGUUUA